ACAGUAGUAUAUAUUUUGUUGUACUUUAUUCAGGUUGUGUCCAAAAAUAUCGAUCGUGAAUGCAUCUUGCAAUUAAAGAAUCUAAUUUAUUUAUUCCUCCUUUGUUAUCCAGCUUACUCUUCUAGAUGGUCCGGAAAGAUCAGACGUGAUGAAGUUAUCCGAAUCAGGUGCCACUUCAGAAUCAAAGGAAGUUACAAAACUUGCUGGUUCGACAUCUUCGUUGUCUGUAGGAUUGAAAACUCCUGAGACAGUUAAAGUAUCAGUCGGUGUUGAAGGCGGUUCAACUCUCUUACAGUUUAAAAAUCUUGAACAACAAAAUGAACGAAUGAAAGGAGCACUGGUCAAGCUACGUGAUUUGGUUAAUCAAGAUAAAUCGGAAAUUUCAGCUUUAACUAAACAGAUUACAUCUUUAGAAUCAGAAGUUAGUCAACUUCAAACAGAAAAAGAACGAUUAACAAAAAAUUUAAAAGAUAGUGUUGAACAAAUUAUUGAAUUAAAAGAACAAGUGGAUGCUUACCUCGGCAUUGAUACAAUGGUCAGUCAGUUGACACAACGUAAUUUAGAACUGGAAGAAACGCUUGAGAAAAUUAAAGAAGAAAGAAAUGAUCUGCAAGUAAUAGAUGGAGAAAAGUCUGGUGUGUUUUGUAGACAGACAAACACUAGUAAUAUAAAUGAUUCUGUAUUCCUUAGUCCAUCGAAUAACAACAGUAUGAACAAUAUUCGCCGUGGUAUCGAUGAUGCUAACAAUAAAACAACUGGAACAAUGAAUAGAACUCCGAGUGGAGAUAUGGGUGGAUUGAAGCCGCCAUCAUUAAAUGCUGGAAUGGAUUCUGGCAAUAAUAUGCUUACAGACAAACCAGUAGGUAGUAGCAUUGGCAGACAUAAUUCAAUGCGAUCGUUGGCUGCAUCUAAUCGACCAACAAGUCUAUCAAGAACAGCAAGUGUUCGACGGGACAGGGAUUCUGGAUUAAUAUCCAAAGCACUCGGCUACAUGUUUGGCUGGUCAUAAAUUGGAAACCAAUUUUUGGGUAUUUACCAGUUUCGAUUAUUGGUAAUACCGGAUAUGUAGUUAUGGUUUUCUGAGAUUCAUCUUAUCCUAUGCCAUAUUGUAAAAUAAAAGUAUAACGUUAUGAUCACAAAACAU